AUGAUGCUCACAAACGCAAAUGCCGGAGGAGGAGAUGACAACAGAAGUAUCCAAGGAGGACAUUUUGUUGAUUGGCCUAGAGUUGAAUAUAAGUUAUACAUACAUAUGCAUCAGUCUGCCUUGUUUCUUUUGCUUUUGCUUGGUAGUAUGCCUUUGUCGUCGUGUUCCAUAUCUCUGAGGUUUUCAGAGAACAAUGAGACACUCGUGUCUCCUAGUAAGCUCUUUGAGAUGGGUCUCUUCAGAUCCAGGGUUCCAGAACAGAAUCGUUGGUAUCUAGGAAUUUGGUUUACAAAAUUCCCCAGCAAAGUAGUUUGGGUUGCUAAUAGAGACGAUCCUCUCUCCAGUCCCACUGGAAUCUUCAACAUCUCAAAUUCGGAGCUGGUCCUCUUCGAUAGUUUCGGUGUUGUAUGGAAGAGGAACUUGGAGAACCUUGUCAAUAAGGAAUCCUCGGUGGUGGCAGAGCUUCUCGAUAACGGCAAUUUCGUGGUAAAAGAUCCAACCGGGUUGUUAUUGUGGCAGAGCUUUGAUUCUCCCACUGACACUUUACUCCCUGGAAUGAUACUUCAUGAUCAUGACACAAGCAUACAAUCCUGGAAAAGCUCACAAGAUCCGUCCAGUGGAGACUUCAGAUACUUGAUCACAAAUCUUCAAGAAGGUUUCAUUCUUCUUGGCGAUGGAAUUUACGCGACACGUAUCUUUCCGAUCAAAACAGUACCUUCCACUACGAAUGCCACCUUCCCUGCAAUGUUAAGAAUGGAGGAAGAUGGAGUCGUCCGGCUCCUCGUCUGGCGAGGAAAAUGGGAAGUGGACUGGACUUCUCCAGCUGAGGACGAUUGUGAUACGUACAAAGCCUGUGAUGCAUUGCGUGAGAAAGACAAAACUGAGUUGCCUUGA